AUGAUUCUUCAUGUGGCCCUUAUUUACAAAGAUAUUGAUAAAAGUUGCUAUAUAAAUGAUGGAAAAGUACUUAAUAAAGUCGAUGAUUCAUCACCAUAUCUUAGGAUAUCGGCUCAUUGCGAAAUAAUACAAUCAAAAUGCUUUUCUAACCUAAAAUCUUUACAAUCCUUUUCUUUUGAGGAUGAUCCUAAUUUAACAACUAUAAAAAGUUUUAGUUUUGAUGGAUGUGAAAAUCUUACUUGUAUUGAUCUAUCAUCCUGUAACAAAUUAACAACAAUUGAAAUUAAUGCCUUUUCUAAGUGUUAUAAUGUUACCGAAAUACUUUUACCAAGAGGACUUCGUGAAGUUCAUAAUUAUGCUUUUCAAUUGAAUAAGAUGAUAAUGAAUAUAAUAAUCCCUGCAUCUAUUGAAAUAAUUGGAAAAGGCGCAUUUAAUGGAUGUGUUCGACUAGAGAAUGUUAUUUUUGAAGAAGAUUCAAACUUAACAUCUUUAACUCCUGAUGUAUUUACAGAAACUAAUAUUACAUCAUUUCAAAUUCCAGAAAAAGUUACAGAAGUCAAUGGUUUUGCAUUUUCUGAUGCAAAAUUAACAAGCUUAACACUACAUACCAAAAACAAUAACUUGAUAAUUGAAAAUGGAUGUGUUUUUUCUGCAAAUAAAAGUAUUUUAUAUUUCAUCAUCAAGAAAUCAACUGAAAAUACUAUUCCAAUAUUUGUUUCAAUAUUAGGAAGUCAUUGCUUUUACAAAUCAUAUAUAAGAAAUAUUUAUCUUCAUAAUAAUAUUACAACUCUUGGACAAUCGUGUUUUGGAUUUACACGAUUUAAUGCAAUAACAAUUCCAAAUUCUGUAACAUCAAUAGAAAGUUCUUGCUUUGAAAAAUCAUAUUUAAACGCAGUUACCAUUCCUGAAAUUGUGAAGAGUUUUGGAAAUAGCAUAUUCUUAUUUUGUCCUUAUUUGAAAAACGUUACAAUUUUAUCGCAAAUAGAUGAGAUCCGGAAAUCCUUGUUUUAUGGAUGUGACAAACUUGAGCUCAUAAAUUUCCCUAAUUCACCAAUAAUUGUUAACUCAAUUCAUUUCAUUAAUGGUUCUCCAAAUGUAACCAUGUCAUUCACUUACAAAACAUUGUUUUCUUCUAGAGCAAUUAUGAAAAUAACAAAUAUUACAGUUUCAUAUCUAAACAAAUCAAAUCUCAUUAUAACAAGAGAUUCAUUAAUUAUGGAUUAUGAACAAACAAUUAUAUAUGAGUUUUGGGGAUUCAAAACCUCUCAAAUCACAAUUCCUGAUUCAACUUCAAAAAUCUGUGCAAGAGUCUUUGAAAAUUCAACAAUUGAGACAAUAAAAUUUGGAGAAAAUUCGCAACUUUCUAUUAUUGAGGAUUCGGAUUUUAGAAACUGUUCAAAAUUAAAAUCAAUCAACUUUCCUUCUACCACUGUAAUCACAAUUAUGAAUAAUGCAUUCGAAAGUUGCAUUAUCUUAGAGGAUAUAAGUAAUAUAUAUAAUAUUCCCGAUGACUGUUUUCAUGGAUGUACUAAAUUAAGGAAUGUUGAUAUUCGAGAAGAUUCAGAGAUGAUUGGAGUUCAAUCAUUUGAGAAUUGUUUUUCAUUAGAAAGUAUUAAUAUCCCAUCAUCAGUUAAAAUCAUUUCCGAUUAUGCAUUCAAUAACUGUAACAAACUCAAAUCAAUCAUUUUCACAACAACAAAUUCAUUACAGAAAAUGUCAAUCAACUCAAUUUCUAAUUGUGAGUCUCUUUCUAACAUCAGUAACUUUUCUUCAGAUCAAUACAAAUGUGUGUCUAAUACUCUAUACAACAAAACAGAUUCAAAAUAUUAUCUUAUUUAUCAUCUUUGUAAGUCUCUUGACUUAAAAAUAAAUAUUGACUGCCAUGUGAUCUGUAGCUAUUCAUUCAAUCAAAGUAUCAACAUCGAAACUAUAAGUAUCAUGUCUAAUAGUGUUUCAUUGAUUGAAAAAUUUUCAUUCAACAACUGUGAUAAUCUUAAAUACAUCAAUUUCCCUCUCUGUGUUGAAAGAGUUGAACCGUUUGCAUUCAAUGAAUGCAAGUCUAUUCGCUGUCCACUUAUUAUUGAAAACACAUCCAUUGAAUAUCUGAAAAUGAUUAAUGAGUCAGGAAUCCCUUUAGAUCUUACCAAAGGGUGCAAUAAUAAUUUUCGAUCCAACAAACAACAAUUGCCAAAAUUACUUUCUAGAUACAGAAAAAGAUAA